CGUGCAUUAUCCCAUUUUCAACCAUUCCCAAUAUUCACAAACAUUUAGUCAAAAAAAAAAUUCCUUUUUUUAUUUUUUUAUUUCUCCCCGAUUUCAUGUUCUCUAGAGAGGCCCACAUCCUCUCCUUCCCCGCCAUCUUCUGGUUCUCUCCACCCAUUCCCUCGUCGGCCCGUCUCCCGACGGCGGGCGGCGGAUCAACCACCACCGUGUAAAUCAAUCCCUGUAAUUCCCAAUUCCCAUUUCCCCCCUGUUCAUCUUAUAUAUGCUUCAUCGUCUUUUUUCCAUAUGGCGGCGCGUGGGAUGAAGCCUUUCCAGCUCCUGGAAAUAAACAUUAUCUCCGGGCAGGAUUUGCAGCCCGUUUUGAAGAAGAUGCGGACGUAUGCUCGGGCUUGGGUCAACCCGGGCCGGAAGCUAUCGUCGUGCGUUGAUACCGAGGGGAACAAUAAUCCAACGUGGAAUGACAAGUUUGUAUUCAGGGUGGACGAUGAUUUUCUCGGUGAAGACACCUCCGCCGUCAUGAUUGAGAUCUACGCCGCCCAUUGGUUUCGUGACGUCAUCGUCGGUACUGUUCGUGUCCUCGUCGGAAACCUCAUCCCCCCUCCUCUCAUGACGCGCCGCAACGGCGGCGGCCCCAUUGGCAUGCGAUUUGUUGCUCUUCAGGUACGUCGUCCAUCGGGGCGGCCACAAGGAAUACUAAACAUCGGUGUAGCCUUACUUGACGGCUCUAUGAGGAGCAUGCCUUUGUACAGACAACUAAGCGCCUCGGCUGUCGGAUAUCGCGACUUAAUGCAGGACCCUCAAAGCUUUCAGCACCUCCAACAAAAGGCCAAUCAAAAUAACGAAAACAACAAUAAUAAUAAUAAUAACAAUGGUAAUAAUAAUGUGAAGCCCAUACUUCGCAGAUCGAGAAGCGAGCGAAGCGAGCGGGUCACGUUCGAUAACUACUCCCCAUGCAGCUCGAUUGUCGCGGUGCCGAAAGGGAAAGACGGCUCUGUAAUCAGCAUUUCCGAAUCUGCAGAUCCGUUUAUACUAAUGAAAAAGAAAGGCAAGGCUAGUUCGGUCAUUAGUGGUGCCGAGCUCCGAGACAAGAAACCGAAACACAAAAAGGGAGGCAAGCCGAGUUCCGUUGUCAGCGAUUCCGUUUACAGCAAAGGGUCGUCCAGCUUUUUCAAGAUCGGUCAAAAGGAGACAACAAAGAUUAGUGACGAAUCGAACGGGGUUCCUACAAACAAGGUGGUUGACGAGAAAUCAGUGACGAAAGUCAAGCCUGUCCAAAAUGCGGUGAAGCCUCCAAUUCCAACAAUUGGGAAGCCAAUUGCUAAGGGCCCCACGAAAUAUGGGGGUGGUGGGGGACACCACCCCCAAUACAAGGCGAGCUCGAUAUGGUCGGACUCGGAGGUGGGGCCCUCGCCGUCUGAGGUGGCGGCAGCGAUGAUGGCGGAGAGGCGAUACCCUUUGGACGACAACCAGAGCUCUGUUUUGGAUGGGUGGAGCAUGGACGAGAGCGUCGAAGGGCUUAGAUCGAAGCUCGAGAGGUGGCGGAUGGAGCUGCCGCCGCUUUACGAUAACGGGUUUUCGUCGAGCAGCUAUAAGUCGUCCGGCCGCCAGGUUCGUCGGAGAAACGAGGGCAGCGGAGGAAGUGGCCUUUUUUCAUGCUUUGGGAAUAUUUGCGGGUACGAGUGCCAAUGCGUUUGUGGGAAACCGCCGGGGAGAAAGAACUAUAGCUCGAGGUAUAAUAGCUCGUCCGUCGGCACUCCGGGGAGAUCUUUCCUUUGAGAUUUUUAUUGCAUCAUUUAAAAAAAAAUUGUGGGAAAAAAUGUUUUUUAUUUUUAUUUUUUCUAUUUGUUUCUUGUUAUAUAUAUAUUUAUUGGUAAAAGGGGGAUUAGGGGAAAAAAUAAAUAACUAUAAGACUAUAUUUGAGUAUAUAUGGUGAUGAAGGGCAUGUGUUAUGUGGAAGUUAGGAGGUUAUGAAUUAGGUAACUUCUUUCCUAACUAGUUUAUAAUUUCUUUUCAUGUUCUUAUCAUUCCAUAUUUUUAUUUUUAUUUUUUUAUUUAAAUUCUCUCUCAUGUAUAAAUUGUAAUGGAUUAUUCUUUUAUUUUAUAUACAUUUU